UUCGCAAAGUAUGACAGGCAAGCUCGCGCUCGCGAUACUUGCAUCUUCUGCCUGUGCCCUUGUAGCAGAACCUCGUAGCGCUGCCUACAGUGUCGACGCCCUAGCAGCCGCUCCGCGAUCAUUUGAUUUUGAGGCCGAGUUUCGAAAACUUCGCUCAAGGCAUCCUACCACGGAGAAUGUCGAGAAGAGACAAGCCGAUAUUGCAGGUCAGCAGGAAGGAUCCGUCACUGUACUGCCCAACGAUCCUGGCGUCACCUACCUUACCCCUACUAUUAUUGGAAAUCAGACUUUCAAUCUGAUUUACGAUACUGGCUCGGCCGACUUGUGGGUGUUUGGAAACGAGACAUCACAAAUGCAAGGUCCGGACAAAACCUACUACUUUCCAUCGUCGUCUGCACAACUGUUGCCCAACUAUAAUUGGAGCAUCACCUACUCAGGCGGCUCCUCGGCCAAUGGCAUCGUUUACACGGAUAUAGUCAAGGCUGGCCCAGUUGUGGCCGAGAAACAAGCCGUCGAGGUAGCAACCUAUGUCCCCUCCUAUAUCGACUCGGAUGGUCUUAUGGGUCUUUGUUUCGGCAUCCUCAACCAGGUAAAGCCUGUGCAACAAACCCCUUUCUUCGAAACCGUGGCACCGACAUUGAAGAAGAAAGUCUUUGCUGCAAACUUGAGGCCCGAGGGCAAUGGCUCUUGGGACUUUGGCUAUCUCGACGAAUCCAAGUACAUUGGCGAUAUCACAUAUACGCCCGUCGUCGGCAACAUGAAGCAUUGGACCAUAGCGGUUGGAGAGUACGGCGCGGGCAACAAAACCUUUGAAUCGGCCACCAUCGGUAAUACCACUGUCGACUCUGGUUCCCCGCUCAUCUACCUAGCGGAUCAGGCCGUCGCCAACUACUACAGCCAGGUUCCAGACUACGAGUUGACACUCGGCGGUAGUAACACCUUCCCAUGCAACGCCACACUGCCAGAUUUCACCUUCAAGAUCGAGGACCAGACAUUUUCGGUUCCUGGUCAAUACCUCAACUUCGGCGUGUCUGACCCAUUGCGGAAGAGGUGUGCGGGAGUCAUCGUUGGAAAGAGGACCUUGCGUAAUUCUCUCUUCGGCUCCAUUUGGAUGAAGAACUUUUAUGUCGUUCACAACAUCGAGGACAGCAUUCCAAAACUCGGUCUUGCACCCCAAGUUUAGACGAAUCGGAUAUGUCGCCCCCUAGAAGCACACCAAAUUUGUAUAUAUUGAAUGUUUUUGAAGGUUCAC